GAUUACCUGUUUUGAUUUAUUGGCUGUGGAGUUGCAUCUGUUCUCUCUUUUCUUUUUCUUUCUUUCUUUUCAAUUCAACUAUAUUGGCAUAAAAAACUUUUUGGAGUUGCAUUUUCAAGUUUAGGAAAUGACUCUUGGUGCUAGGUCCUCUUAUAACUAUGAUGACUCCUUUAAGUUUCUUGAGGCUGACAUUCAAUAUGCCAAUGCGUUGGCAGCUUCCAUUCCAAGAGGUAAGGGCGGUUCUUGUCUUCAGAUGAAACUGGUGAAUAAUCACUUUGCAUCUAUUUUCUUGUUUCUGCUCCAAUGGAUAGACUGCUCAUGUACAUGCUUACUCUCAAGUUACUUGAACCUUUUCCACAUUGUUGUUUAUAAGGUAUGCCCAGAUGAGAGGCCAAAUAUCUCUUCGAUAGGAAGAAAAGCUUCCAUUAGAGAAUUUUACAGUGUUAUAUUACCAUUUCUUCAGCAUUUGUGUAGUGAUUCAUCUAAGCUGGAUAUAACUCAAGAAGAAGGCCAUGGUCCUGAGAUGGUUUCCAGGAAGACAUUGGAAGAUAAAAGGGAACUUUCAGAUAUGAACUCGGAGAGAGAAGAUGAAUGUGGAAUCUGCUUAGAUCCCUGCACCAAAGUGGUUUUGCCAAGCUGCUGUCAUGAGAUGUGUAGCAACUGUUAUCAUGACUGGAACACAAGAUCGGAAUCUUGCCCAUUUUGCAGGGGAAGUCUUAAGAGAGUGGAUUCCGGGGAUUUAUGGGUUCUCACAUGCAAUAAUGAUGUGAUCGAUACUCAAACUGUUUUUAAGGAGGAUCUCCUGCGCUUCUAUCUCUAUAUUAAUAACCUUCCAAAGGAUAUGCCAGAUGCUCUCUUUUUCAUGGAUUAUGAGUAUUUAAUCUGAUCUUAAUAACAGCAUGAAUGAUGUGUAGAGACCAUAAGAUUUAUGCCCAGGUGAGGAUUCUUAAUGGAAAUUUCAUCUCCACUUGAAAUUGUAUAAAAAUAUUGUAUAUCUCCUAAUUGUAAGAGAAUCAAUAAGAAAUAAUACAGUGAGUCAAUAUUUCAGAA